UCUCCCAUUAUCACUUAUUUGCUUCCCUUUCUCAUUUACCAUUUUCUCUUUAAAUAAAUUUAUUUCUAAGAGUCUCAUUUUUAAGAUUAGGGGCGUGUUAGGAAAAAAAAAGCAUAGGAGUUAGGGAAUGCAGUUCUGUCUCCUGGUUAACACUUAUAGAAGUAUGUGUAAAGAGGAGCAGUGUCUUAUUACAUACGAAGAUGAUUGCCUUUGAAGCAUAUCUCUGAGAGGACUUCCACCCUUUUUGUUAAGAUGGAAGCUCGACCCUCUAAGGUUGGCAAUGACGAGAGCAUCUUCGUGGGAAGGGAGGACAGUACCUUCUUGGACUCACCUUCGUCUUGGAGGGACUUGUAAACAUUUCCUUUGCUACCACCACACUCACUGGGGGAUACCGUUUCCCCUUUAAUUCUUUAAGUCAAAUUUAAUCUCCAAUACUUUCUGGUAUCUUCAUUGUAUGGAUGAGUAAAGGUAGAACAUUUAAGCAGGGUUUUUGAAAGGCCUUGACAUAAUAAAGAAGAAAUAAACCAGGAGUCAUCCAAGAGCCAGAGAUCUGACUCAUAAGAUGUGGCUUGCUCUCUGAUCUUGUCCUAGCUCUAGGGUGCCCAUGUGUGAGGGACAACUUAGUAGGAAUCCACUCCUAGACAUCCAUCCUUCUCCAACUGUAGAUCUAGGGCUUGUCUAAACUCCACCUUCCUUCCACGUUUUAGUCCUUCUUUGGGAACCCGUGUUCUUCUCACAUAAAGGUGUCCAUCCUUUCAGGGCAUAUCAAGCUUGCCCAGAAAGCUGUCAGUCUCCAUUUAAGAACUCUAAUGGAAUGUAACCCCACAAUCCCCAAAUUAAUAUAAGACACACACAUCAAAUGGGAGAAAGAGGGUCUUAUUUUAUUUUAGAUCUCUGCAUUAGAGUUGGAAACCAGAGCACAUGAAAAACUCCUUUAAGGUGCUUUGAUUUAUUGGAGGCGUAAGUUAAUUUUUUUGGUCAUGUAUAUCUCUGGGUAUACUUUUUGUAUCUUUAGUAAAAUUUUAGUUAACUGUUAUUAGAUGUCUGGGUGCCUGAAUAAAUCCGACUGCAUACUGAAUUUUCUAAAACCGAAGGCUGCCAAGAAGGAGCCAAUGUGAUUUUGGUUUUAUCAGUGGCCUAAUGGAGUUAGCAAUAGUAGUGUAGUAACAAUUAUUGUCAGGUCAGUGAAAAGACCAACAUUCCACAUAUUCUGCAGUGUAACUGUUAGUAAAUGGCUGGGAGAUUUGUCCUUCAUUUUGCAAAUUUAGAAGAAAGAUACUCACUCCAAGUGUCGCCUACCGAGGGUUGAAGUUUAUAGUCAGCUUUAUCUGCAUGAGCGUGUUAUAAUGCAAGGAGUAUAAAGAUCUGGGUUUUCUUGGAGGCGGGAUUGGGUAGGGGUUAAAAGCACAUGAAAAGAAUUACAUUUGAUUCCUAAUUAUUAGUUACAUUACCUUGGGCAAGCUAUCUGACCUCUCUGAGCAUCAGCCUUCUUAUUUUAAAACUGGGUGAUGAAAGUGGCCCCAGAGGGUAACUGCCGAGAUGGUGAAGGGAUCUGUGUAAAGCAACAGCACUGUGGCAGACACGUGGUUGAUCAUUUUGGAUUUAAUACUGUGAAAACUUUUAAUCAGCGGUACCUAGUAGCUGAUAAAUACUGGAAGAAAAAUGGUGGAUCAAUACUUUUCUACACUGGUAAUGAAGGGGACAUUAUCUGGUUUUGUAAUAACACGGGGUUCAUGUGGGAUGUGGCUGAGGAACUGAAAGCUAUGUUGGUGUUUGCUGAACAUCGAUACUAUGGAGAGUCUCUCCCCUUUGGUGACAACUCAUUCAAGGAUUCCAGACACUUGAAUUUCCUGACAUCAGAACAAGCUCUGGCUGAUUUUGCAGAGUUAAUCAAACACUUGAAAAGAACAAUCCCAGGAGCUGAAAAUCAACCUGUCAUUGCCAUAGGAGGCUCCUAUGGUGGCAUGCUUGCCGCCUGGUUUAGGAUGAAAUAUCCUCAUAUGGUAGUUGGAGCUCUUGCAGCUUCUGCCCCUAUCUGGCAGUUUGAGGAUUUAGUACCUUGUGGUGUAUUUAUGAAGAUCGUAACUACAGAUUUUAGGAAAAGCGGUCCACAUUGUUCAGAGAGCAUCCGCAGGUCCUGGGAGGCCAUUAAUCGACUCUCAAAUACUGGCAGUGGUUUGCAGUGGCUUACUGGAGCCCUUCACUUAUGCAGCCCAUUAACUUCUCAGGACAUCCAACAUUUGAAAGACUGGAUCUCUGAAACCUGGGUGAAUCUGGCAAUGGUGGACUAUCCUUAUGCCUCUAACUUUUUACAGCCUUUGCCUGCUUGGCCUAUCAAGGUAGUGUGCCAGUAUUUGAAAAAUCCCAAUGUAUCUGAUUCACUGCUGCUGCAGAAUAUUUUCCAAGCUCUGAAUGUAUAUUACAAUUAUUCGGGCCAGGUGAAAUGCCUGAAUAUUUCAGAGACAGCAACUAGCAGUCUGGGAACACUGGGUUGGAGCUAUCAGGCCUGCACAGAAGUAGUCAUGCCCUUUUGUACUAAUGGUGUCGAUGACAUGUUUGAACCUCACUCAUGGAACUUAAAGGAACUUUCUGAUGACUGUUUUCAACAGUGGGGUGUGAGACCAAGGCCCUCCUGGAUCACUACUAUGUAUGGAGGCAAAAACAUUAGUUCACACACAAACAUUGUUUUCAGCAAUGGUGAACUAGACCCCUGGUCAGGAGGUGGAGUAACUAAGGAUAUCACAGACACUCUGGUUGCAGUCACCAUCUCAGAGGGGGCCCACCACUUAGAUCUCCGCACCAAGAAUGCCUUAGAUCCUACGUCUGUGCUGUUAGCCCGCUCCUUGGAAGUUAGACAUAUGAAGAAUUGGAUUAGAGAUUUCUAUGACAGUGCGGGAAAGCAGCACUGAGAAACUUUUGAUUGUUUUCAAUUUCUUCUUUUAUGUUCACACCACCACAUUCCCAUUCACUUUGAUUUUCUACAUGUAAUUACCUUCUUUUGUUUAUCAUUAGAUUUGAUGGGGCCAAGGUUGAGAUAGAAUAGAGGGUGAUGACGGUAAGAGCAAGUGUCCCAUGAAUGUGAUUUCCUGGGUUCUCACUGUCUUUGCACCACGUCUAGGAAGAAUCUUCUUGAUAGCUCUCCCACACCAUCAGUGGCCCUCAUAACUGGAGUAGAGUUCCUGAUUGCUUUUCAUAAGAGGGAGAGUUACUUUCUUUGUAUCUCUGCAAGCAGAGAUUUCUCUUUGGUUUUGAGGUUGAAGUGUCUUUGGCCCAUUUGUAAGUCCCCAUCCCUACCCUACACAAAGUAAAAGCAGAAGAUAGAUAAAAAAUGAUGUAAUUGCAGCUGGUAGGAUGUCUGGUGCCAAUCCAGGAAGUGAGAGCCAUUUCUUUUGUACUGGAUUUAAUGACUUUGAACUGUGCUGUAAAUAAAUAAUACAGCUGGACCUUA